GAGUCAUCUCUUCAGCUGCCGGCGGAUAGCGAUGGAAGUCGGUCUGUUGGAGAAUCCUCCGUGAAUCAGCCGGGACCUCCAAGUCUUCCUGGAGCCGGACAGGACCAGCUGGAGCCUACACUGGAAAGAGAUGAUUGGGGGCCUCUACAGCCCAGUGGAAGCUCUUCGCAGCUGGAAUUUCAGGACAGUAACUUGUCUCCAGCUCUCUUCCUCCUGCCUGUAAACUCUCGAGUCGAACGCAACUUUGCUGAAUAUUCUUUAUUCCAACAAAGUGACCAUGAAUUUGCCCCUUUAAGGGCGUACCCGGACAUGUCCAUGGCGUCGGAGAGAUUCACCUUUCAGCCCCAGGAUGGCACCACUCAGGCGUCUGAGCGCGGCUCACUGUCCCAGCACCCUUUGGCCCAGGCAACCAUCCUUUCUGAAGAAGGAACGAGCAGCAGCUGCUCUCUGUCCCAGCACAGUAUGCCACCAGAGGAGGAAAGCAGGCAAGAGGAAAUGAUUCCCUCCCGACUGACUGACCUGCAAGCAUAUGAUGUUGGUGGCAGAGAGAAGGACUCUGAGACACUAACAGACCUUAAAAACAAGCUUGCAGCUAUAGAUGAUGACACCUUGUUUCUGAGUAAGGACAUCCCUGCCCAGCAUCUUCUGGACAUCCUUCAGAAAGAUAUUGGCAUGCCGAGCAGCAGUAGUAGUGCGCUGUCCUCUGCCUCUGUGAUGUCUGUCAAGAGCAUUACAUCUUCUGUCCAAGAGUCUAAAAGCUCUAAAACUUCCAAACCAGGAAUUCCCCAAAGCUCGGCUACAAGAGAAGGUCCACCUGGUGAAGCUUCUCUGCCCAGGCAGCAGACGCAGCAACCUGACCCGUCACAGACGCUGUCAUCUGAGGCCUGUAACAUCACCAUGGGUUCCCGCAGCACGCAACCGGACGACAGCAGUGAAGCGUUGUACAGGGAGCUGCUGUCUGAGGCUGAGGGGCAACGCAGCAGAGAAGCUGGAGCUAAAAAGCAUCAGCAGAAAAGUGCUUCACCACCUGCUCAGAUUCGUACAGAGACAUCCACUGGCAAGCCGAGUGUGACUCGGAAAAAUCGGAGUGACCUGCCAUGGACCGGGCCGUUUUCAUCCGGUGUGGAAAGGCUGCACAGAGAGCAAGACCUCUGGUCCUCAGGGAACCAGACAGGGGUCGAUGGGUCCUACCUGGGUUUCCUUCCACAGUCUCAGUCCACUCCAGGGGUUUUCAAGGCCCCACCCAAAUCCAGUGUCAAGGCUACAUUAGGGAAACUGUCUGCAAUAGAAUCUGAUAAAGAAAGCUCGUAUCAAUCCAGGACUGGGAUAUCUCCACAGCCAGCUGUUCCUGAGCCUGACGUCCAACGUCCAGACUCAGCAGAUCAGUGCCACGAGGAACAUACCUCUGCAAAGGUCCAGUCUCUUCCUAGUCUGAACUACAUUCAGAAAGUAGACGCUUGGAGGACGAAUCAGAGCUCUGGCAGCACGUCACUGUUUGACAGUCUGGCACUGCAGGGAUUUUCUGGCGUCUCUCCUAAAAAGAAAGCGUACGAUGCCGUGUCCGACUCCCUGAAUCGCAUCCUCAGUGAGCAGGUGCGGAGUUUACAGCAGCCUCCUGUUUCCAGUGCUCCCAACGAGAGUGUCACACAGAAAUCCUCAGAAGCUCCUUCUGGCUCCUCCUCUCCGAGAAGAGGGGAGACAAUGGGCAGUGCGCCCAGUGACAAGGAUACCACUGGGUCUGCAGCAGGACCCUCCAGCUCCCCCUUUGUCCGGUCGCAGUCCCACUCCUCUAUUAGCACAGUGGUCAUGUCGGCCCAGAAAGAAAAGAACGAGACUCAGGACGAUGUUCAUCAUCAUCAGCCGAGUGUCUCAGCUCAGCCCUCACCUCUCGUGAACCUCGGUCAGUUCAGUGACGUGUCAGUCGAUCGAGAUCUUACACUCUCAAGUUCCCAAGAGAGUUACAACAGUGGAGUUAAAUUAGGAACUUCUAUCGGAGCUUCUUCUGUCACCAGCCUGGAGGUGGAUAACUAUGCCCCCUACUGGACUUCUAAACUGCGGUCAACACCACCUCUGCCCGGACCUCGAGAAUUCAGCAUCGAAGAACGAAUUCCGUUGUAUCUCCACAACCUGGGUAUCGACCAGUCUCCCUCAACAAUAUUAAAUCCUUUUGCACCCAGAGGCCCAAUCAGAGAACCUGAAUUCUCUCCCACUGAUCUCAGUACAAUUAAAGGAUCGAUCGGAACCCCGUCCAAGAGCACCCAACCCUCUGAAGGUGGCAGUCCGUGUAAAGGAGAGUUUUCCAGGUCUAGUAUUCUGUCAGUGGAUUCUAGCAUUUCCAUUCCGUUCAGCAUUGACAGUCUUGGUCCGGCCGUAUCGAUCCCAGAGCCGACCAAGCGAGCAUCUCCUCCAUCUGAUGCUGAAGCCGUCCAGACUGAACGCAGACUGACACCAGCCUCCCAGCGUGAGGAGGAUUCCCACUCCUCCACAUUGCAUCUCAGCCAGCAGCAGCAGCAGCAGGACGACACUCUAACCAGCAGUCAGAAUACCUUCCUGCCAGGAGAGAGGUUUGACUCUGACCUCUCAUCGGUAACUCAGGCGAGGAGCGAGGGAAGAGAUUUGGAGUCUCCCUUGCAGACAAGUCGUAGUUUGGAGGAAAGUGCAGAGGAUUCUUUUGUUGGCUCUAAGGCCUUAGAAAUCAAUAAUCUGCUCUCUCAGUCGGAUAAAGUGGUGUCUGCUGGGACUUCCUCAGCCUCCCCUGCAGCGACACGUCUGCUGUCCGACGACGACUUGUUCCUCUCCUUCAGGAAGAGAACCAGUAAACUCCAGGACUCCUCGUUCUCCGGAACCGAAGACCCCAGAACCCGUUCCUCCUCGCUGUGGGCCAGGUCGUCGUCUGACUCCAUGCUAACCUCAGAAAAACCAAGGCAAAGCUCUUUAGGUCGGGAAAGCACGACCUCCUCAUGGCAGCCUGAUUAUCCCUCCACACAAUCUCUCACUACUGCACCUGCCGCAGGUUCAACCCUUGUUCUCUCCAAACCAGCCAGGCGGGCGGAGCCUGAAGGCUGCAGUGCUGCACCCCCCGACAAUACAGUCCCAACACAACCACCAGUCAGCAAGUCUCCACCCGCUGUGAACCCACAGCAGCUCAUCUCUACAUCGACAGAGACGGCGGCUGCACUCGAGGUGGAAGAAGAGCCUGCGCCUGGAGGUCCUGCACAGAGCAGCUCCUCGUCCCCCCCCCCUGAGGACCCCGACCAGGGAGGGAUGAGCGACGGGAGCAGCGAGAGCUCACUGGCAGUCAGAGUGGCCCAGUUACUCCAGAGUGAGUCUCCGGCCACCAUGAUGACCAGUACGUCCAGCAUCACUGAUCACGAGGAGAGCAAAGCCAGAGAGUGGAUCAAACUGAAGGUGUCGGGUCAGCAGUGUGAGCCUCUGGAGUUGGACAUAGAAGAUAAAAGACGCAUUGAAGAGAUCAUGAAGGAGCUGCUGUUAAAAUUUCCCAUGAAGGUAAAACAGCGAAAACAUGUGAAACGCAGCAACCAGUCUAGUCUCACAGUUAAGAGCCAGUUGAGUACAGAUACAGAGAGCAGUGCAGAGUCCAGUUCCCAGAGGAGACAGGAUCCACCUCAGCCUGCAGAGACGUUCACCUCCGACCAGCUGUCUCAGCCUCUGCAAGACCUCAGAACCAACCCGUCUGACUCCAGCGCGCGGCUUAGAGACCCUCAUCGCCCAAACACUCUCGAAGCACAAGCGCUCCACUUCCCUUCCUCUCUCCACAUCACCUGCACCUCCCAUCAGAACAGGCUCAGAGCCACUCCACCCGAGCGAGCUCUGGACAGCAGACGUUCACCUGAAACCGGUCACGUCUCCCAUGUCCAUCUCACUCUGUCCCCGAAAGCAGCUGAUCCCAGCUUGGCCUCGGCUCCGAGCUCCAGUCGAGCUGGUGCAGCGACAGAGAUUCCACGUAGAGAAUUUGCUCUCCUCAGACACUCUCCAUCCACACCCAGCAGCCCGGACGAAGGUGUGGGUCUGUCCAGCCCAGCAGAGUGGUACGAGAGCGGAGUGCAGAGGGAACAGCUUGAACGAGCAGACGCCUCCACCCUGUUUACAUCUGUGGUUCCUACACGAGGAAUCACCUCCACACCAGAAGAAGCCUUCACACCACGUCCCAGACCUGAGGAUUCCAAAAGACCCUUAACCCACGAAUCAGCAGCGGUGCCUGUCCUGUUGCCUUACAAACCCCGCGGCAGUGAGGAGCUCUUCUACGUCCCUCAGCUGGAAUCGGACGUCUCCUCCACUGGUCCCUCUGACACCUCCAUGGAGAGCUCACACACAGGCUCAGACGACGCCGUGGCCCCACGCUUCAGCAGCGAGGUCCUCGGGCGCCAGGACCCGGGGCUGGACCGCGGCGUCACCAUCAGACACACGGAGGGCAUCUACAGCAAGAGGCUGAGGACGGCCGCCGGCAGAAUGCAACAACCUGGACACAGAGAUUCCUCGGUGAGGGCAAAUAAAAGCUCACAAACGAGCACAAGCCGAACUCCACGUCCGUCCCCUCAGGCGCCGCUGGCCUUCACCGGAUCGUCUUUGUCACAGAACCCAGACGCCCGGGUGAGAGACCAGGGAACCAGCCCGAUGGCGUCCACUCGUCAGGAUCAGCCCGAGAGGAACCGCGAGACCGUUCAGCUGGUUCACCUGGAGCUGAAGCGCAGGACGAGUCAUCACCUGGUCCAGAGCUCUGUCCCUCAAACCGGAGGAGACCUGCACCCGAGAGACGUCUCUGCCCCGGCCCCCCCACCCAGCAACACCAGUCUGGACGAGCUGUGGCAGAGGUUCUGCGAGCGCUGGACCAUCGAGCAGAAUCGUCCAACCAGCGUCCGAGAGGCGUCGCUGCUGCAGAGGCUGGAGUGUCUGUCCCGCCUCAUCCACAGCAGGAGGAGAACCAACGGGUCGGAGCAGCAGGAGGAGAACCAGCAGCUCGGGAGGAGGAGAGAAGACGCCACGAUGGAAGAGAAGAGGCCCAGCAGCAGAGAGGAUGAUGGGAGUUUACACGAGGAGAGGACCCCUCCCGUCCCUCAUCAGGCCCAGCGAACAUCUCAGCCUGCAGCGGAGACCACUCGCACCUCCUUCUCCUCCACUCGCUCCCACAGCUCCACCCACAGUCUGCUCCUCGGUCCCGCAGACAGAGACGGGUCGGACAGCUUGUCCACCGCGUCGGGCUCCGUCUCCAGCGUGGACACGGCCCGGCUGGUCCGAGCCUUCGGCGCCCACAGAGUCAAGCAGCCGAAGAGCGGCGCCGGCCUCGGGAAACUUUACAACACCAUCAACAAGCAGAAAGAAGGGAGGGAACAGAGGAGGGGGGGGCACAGAGACCCCCCGCACCUCACCACGCUGUCAGAGACCACCGACGAGUCCUCGGUGCCGUUAGAGACCACCGGCGCAGACGUGUCCUCGGUUGCUGCUGAUUCUGCGUCGUCCACCAGCACCUUCACCCCCCCAUCCCACCGCGGACCCUCCAACACUCUGGCAGCAAAGAAGACGGUUAAACUGUUCAGCAAAGGCAUCCAGACAGCUAGCGACCUGGAGAUCGUCAGAAACGCGACCCGGCGCCACACCAGAGACGUUGGAACCACGUUCCCCUCGCCUCAUGAAACCAGAGCGCCGAGGCCGAUUUCCUCUUCCUCACCCAGUGAAGGGAGAGGAAGAGGAGGGCAGGAGAAUCCCUCUAAGAUUCACUCCUCACAGAAACAGAGGAAGAGCAAGCGGAGCCCGUCAAAGCUUUAUCCUGCAGGCGUCUCUUGGUUCAUCUCCGCUGACGAGCUGCGCUCCGAGGCGAGGAAGGAGAACCAGCAGCAGCAGGAGGAGUCGGCACGGAGGCCGAGCACCGCCUGGUUCCAGCCGCACAGCCGGACCCAACCGUGGAGGGAACCGCUCAGACAGAGACAAGUCCACGAGGACAGAACCAUUCAUCACACGGAACCUGAUCCCAGAACCAAGACCACGUCCUCUGGUCUGAAGCGCGUCUCGCUGCAGGAGGCGCUGGAGACGUGGCGCCCGGGCUUCAUCUCUCGGUCCAGGCAGAGGGUGACGUGUCUGGCUCUGCAGGCGGAGGAGAGGAAGCUUCAGGCCUUCUUCAUCGGAGAGAGAGACCAGCUCUUCGGCCAGGGGGGGGCGCCGCCGAGGCCUACAGGCACCGCUGGGAUGAGGAGGGCUGUUCCCAGGAAGGAGAUGAUCCAGAGGUCCAAACUGAUCUAUGAGAGUCUGCCGGAGCAGCAGAGGAGGAGGGAGGAGGCGCGGAGGAAAUCAGAAUACAGAUCUUACCGACUGAACGCACAACUCUACAACAAGAGGAUCACCACCCGAGUGCUGAGCAGACGAACAGCUUGGCAAUGAGCGACAUCUUCACUCUGAUUGAAACCAGCAACAUGUUUUAAAACUCUUUGUAAGAACAAAACUACCUUAAUCCACUUUUAUUUAUGAACCACAUUUUUACAGUUGGUAUUUUAUAGAUUAUGCUGAAAAGUAGAAUUCUACUCGUGAACGUAAAAUGUGAUUUUAGUCGGUUUGACAGAAGAAUUGUGUGUAAAUGUGAAAAUAAACCAGGUUUUUCUUUAAA